AUGCGUCGCGUACCACGCAUACACGCUCAAUAUCAUGCUUCCGUACUUCCUUCCCUAAUCUCUACCGCCUCCCCAGAGUUCAAGGCCAAGGCAGAGGCGAUGGACAGCCUUGUAGCUGAUCUAGAGGCAAAGGCGGCUCAAGCACGUCUUGGGGGAGGCCAGAAGGCUGCAGACCGCAUGCGGAGCAAAGGGAAGAAGCUCCCCCGCGAGCGGUUGUCAUUGCUUCUGGACCCGCAUACACCCUUCUUGGAGCUGUCUUCUCUGGCUGCACAUGAAGUAUACGCCGGGGAGACGAUUCCAGGAGCUGGCAUGAUCACGGGUAUUGGAAGGAUCUCGGGGCGGGAGUGCAUGGUCGUCGUGAACGACGCGACUGUUAAGGGAGGCUCUUACUAUCCGCUUACUGUGAAGAAGCAUCUUCGUGCCCAGGAGAUUGCGAGAGAAAACGGAUUGCCUUGCGUCUAUGUUGUUGAGUCUGGUGGCGCCGCUCUGCCUCACCAAGCCAAUGUAUUCCCGGACAAGGAGCACUUUGGUCGGAUUUUCUACAACAUGGCCCAAAUGUCCGCGCUGGGAAUUCCUCAGAUAGCCAUUGUGCACGGUAUCUCAGUGGCUGGCGGAGCAUAUGUUCCGGCGAUGGCGGAUGAGAACAUCAUUGUCCGUGAGCAAGGACGUAUCUUCCUCGCAGGCCCACCACUCGUGAAAGCGGCCACCGGAGAGGAAGUAGAUGAAGAGACGUUGGGUGGUGGCCAGAUGCACUCUAGCGAGAGCGGUGUAACCGAUCACCUAGCUCGAGAUGACGAACACGCCAUUGCUAUUGCCCGGGGAAUCGUCGGGGACCUCGGCGCCGCCGGCGCAAAGCCGGGUGUGCCCUCGGCGAAGUCAGAGAAUCCCUUGUAUCCCGCUUCUGAGCUCCACGGAAUAGUGGGAACUGACUUGCGCCAAGCAUUUGACAUGCGUGAUGUAAUCGCUCGCGUCGUCGACGGGAGUCGGUUCAGGGAAUUCAAGAAGGAGUAUGGCCCAACCAUGGUCACUGGGUUUGCACAUAUACAUGGGUACCAAGUUGGCAUCGUAGCCAAUAACGGCAUCUUGUUCUCGCCUUCGGCAUUGAAGGCCACUCAUUUCAUUGAACUUUGCUCGCAGCGGCAGAUACCGCUUCUUUUCAUGGUCAAUGUCACGGGCUACAUGGUAGGUUCAAAAGCGGAAAAGGGCGGCAUUGCGAAAGAUGGCGCGAAGAUGGUCCGGGCCGUUGCGUGCGCGGAUGUUCCCAAGUUGACUGUAAUUGUGGGUGGCAGCUUUGGUGCUGGCAAUUAUGGCAUGGCUGGUCGAGCUUAUUCACCGAGGUUCCUUUGGAUGUGGCCGAAUGCGAAAGUCUCGGUGAUGGGGUCUGGACAGCUCUCGCAGGUGAUGACCUCAGUGUCCAAGGACCCUAAACAACACGCCUCGCUCAAGGAUGAAAUCGAGGCACAGUCCACGGCGUUGUAUUCGACGGCCCGGCUUUGGGAUGAUGGAAUCAUUAAACCAACGGAUACCCGUGAUGUCGUGGGCUUGGGGCUCGCUCUCGCAGCUCGGGAGCGCAACCACCGAGGACGCAACGGUGGCUCGACUACAUGGGAUGGUGAAGGCCGAGGCUAUGGUGUAUUUAGGAUGUAG